GUUGCCGAUUCGCAUUUGUACAAUUAAGGACUAAACAAGUAGUAUCUACCACGCUCACAACCCAUCCUAUGGCAGCUUUGCAAGCUGCUAUCGUCCAGGGCUCGGUACUCAACGUACAGAUUAAAGCAUGAUUGCGACUCAAUUAGCCUGUGUGUCUGCGACACCCGUUGCGUAACUUGCCUUAACGUAUCGGUAUUUGCAUGUGACAUACAUAACGCCGCGCAAGACAACCGCCCAAUAAGUUGUUCUCUGAAUAACUACAGCUUCAUUAACCUAUGAACACACACAUCCUCCGGCGAAGCUGAGAAGUAGCCCUAAACCAAUUCCACAUGCAAGUCGACCUCGAGCCCUUCUGAGAGGUCGCAACAGCAGAGCUGGCAAAGGGCACGACCCUCUAACGCCGUCGUAUUGGCUCAUCUGGCCCUGGUCUCAGCCCGCUUGCUCCGCCUACCGAGCGAAGCAUGGGUGGACAUGCUCAGCGCAUGAGCCUUGACAACGGCGCUGGCACAGCGCCCGCCAAACCAUCGAACGGUCCCUCACCGCCCUUUUUCACCGUUCACGACCCGCAUCGACCUGUGUUGGACCCCACCGGUGAUGGCUGCGGCGGCAUUGGAGGGCUCAUGGACCCCUACGACCGGCCUACUCGCAGCCAGCUGAAAGGUGCCCAAAGCCGCCUUCGGAUGGAUAAGCGGUCCGGGGCACUUGAUGAGGUGGCAGGUCGCUACCGAGCGCUGUUCGCGGGACACCAGGUGGUCAACAAGGGACUGAGGCGCAGCAUCGGGGAUGCGUACGCCGCCUAUGUGGGCCAGGUGGUCAACCUACCCGAGGACACCUACGGUCUGGCUCUGCGGGCGUUGGAUGCCUCCUUCAACGGCCCCCGGCAGCGGCUGGCGACAGGCUCGCUGGACCUUCACCUCGCAACCUCCCCCUUCGCAACCUCGCGAGCCAAACACGCUCAGAUCUUCAACACGGCGCACAGGAUCAUGCGCGACCUGGGCGGCUAUGUGCACGACGUGUCGUACUUCUGCCCCGCCGAGCUGCACCAGCUCCACCAGAGGGCGCGCAGGCCAACCUCGGCAGCAGCAGCAGUGGACGGCUCCCGGCAGAGCUACAAGUCGGGCCCCUUGGUGCAGUCCUGCGAGCCGCCGGAGCUGCGGGAGGCAGUGCGGGUGGCGCCGCGGGCAGCAUCCGCGGGAGGAGGCAGAGGGGGCCCCGCCAGGCGCUACACACGCAUCGCCGCCCAGCCGCCCGACCCCAACGUUAACCCCAUCACCGGAGCCCUGCGCUCGCCGCAAACGCGUUUAGAUGCAGAAGUGAAAGCGCAGGCGCGGAGGCAGGCUGCUGCAGAUCUCACCAAGCAGCCGCCAUCACGGCCCCGGACGGCGCCGCCGGCUGCUAUGUCAGCAGCUGCAGGUGCUGCUGGGGGUCCAGGGGGAGUCGACGGCGGCAGGAGGGCCGCCGCGGCUGCUGGCGGUGGCGGCGGCGGAGUAGGAGGAUUGGGAGGUGGGGGGGCUGAGGAGGAGGAGGAGGAGGCGGCGGCGCGGGAGGUAGCAGGAGGCGUUGGCACAGCUGCAUGCGGAAGGAAGGAGGGGAGGUUGGAGGAGCAGCGGCAUGGGGAGCAGGAUGGCGCAGAUGACGGCGGCGGCGGCGGUGGCGGCCCUGACAUGGAUGGCAUUGAUCUGUGGAAGCGUCAGCUGCGGCUCAAGCUACGGCGGCUCAGCAGCCCGGGCAGCUCCCCGCUGACCCCCCCGCACUACCGAGUGGGCCACUACUACCAACACGUCACCCCGACUGCGGACGUGCUGCACCACAUGCGGAGGCGCAUGUCGCAGCAGCACACCACGCCAGAGCGCCAGCGACUGCAGCAGCAGCAACAGCAGCAGCUAAGGUGGGGGGAGCAAGAGCAGCCGCAUGGCAACGCCGCUGAGGUGAUGGGCGGAAGGCGAUCCGACACCUUCGACCCACAACCCCGCCCAGAAGGUGAGGACCAGGAGCAAGCUGGCCAAGGUGCUGCUGCGGCAGUAGACAUAACCGGCGCAGAAGCAGCAGCGAUAACGGCAGCAACCGCAGGGGAAUCAGGUCAGGCAGCCGAUGCCCCCUCCGGCAUCCGAGGAUCAUCAUCAACAGCAGGUCAUCAGGUCCGGUUCAUGGACGGCGGCAGCUGCGUGGAGGAGCCUCCUGCCCCAGUGGCAGCGCAGCAGCCCCAACCUGUGCCAGCGGCAGCAAGAGGAGGAGAGGGAGCAUACGCCCGCAGGACGAUUGGCGGAGUUGGGAGCACUGACCCAUGGGUCACCAGCAGCCGCAACCGCGCCUGCAGCGCCGCUGGCGCCAGGAGGGACAUGGAUCGCAUCAACUGGAUCAUCGACACGGCUUACGAGCUGGGUCUAGCGGAGGUGAUUGGCUUGGAGCCGCCGCCUCCGUACGGCCGAAGCCACCGAGUGUUGCCCCUACCGCACCGCAAACAGUUCUACGAGGGAGUGUACGGCAGUCCGGAGCGCUACCGGCCGUACGUGCCGUACACUCGGCGUGACUAUAGCAACAACAACAGCGGCAACAGCGGCGACACCAGCAGCGGUAUCAACUACGGUGGCGGUUGGCCAGCGCCGCCGCAAGGACAUGCAUCCGUGCCCGAGCAGGCGGCGGCCGCACCCCAGCCGCCGCCGUCGCAGGACGUCGGGGCCGCUUCAGCUGUUGACAACGCAAACCGCCGCACGGGAGGGGUUGCGACAGGGUACGGUUCCAGCGGCUAUCCGAGCGAACGUAGUCAGCUUGGGGCAGUGCCGUACGGAAAUGAAAGUACGACAGCCCGCCGAAUCCAGGAAGCUGCUGCACGGCGGUUUGUACGGGAGAUGGAGGCGAUGGAGCACCCGGCCAAGCUGUACGGAAGGAGUAUGCGUAUCAGCCCCUAGGCGGUGUAGACACGGAUAUUUGUUUACUGAAAUGGACUACCGGUAUGAGACCUUGUGAAGGCAAAGCAGCAGGAAGUACGGGAUGGUAUGAAGUCGCAAGGAUGGAAGCAGGAAUGUAAUUUUGCUGCUUGUUGAUGAGAGGACGUGGAUUACAGGUAUAUGGAUAGACGGUAUACAAGCGGCAAUGGUGGCCUGGUUUAAGGAUGUGCUGUUGCAGUUUAUCAAUGCAGUGUGGCAGGGUGGAGCUCUUGAGGUCGCUUCCGCUGCUGGGAUUUAGAGUCACGGAUGAAGGUAGUGAAGUGGGUUCCCAAGGCGUUUGGGCAGUGCAAGAUUGCGGAUGCGGGCCGGAGGGCAUUCUCUGUUUGCCCUGGGAACGUUUCCGGGUAAUGUGCGUGUUUGCGCACCAGGGCAAAUGUGCUUAGGGUUUGUUCGCCUGUUGUGGUUGUGACGGCCGACGAGAGCAGGGGUGCUCAGAGGCUGCAUGCAGGGUGUGUUUCCUUCACUGCUUUCGAGCAGGACGUUGACAUUUAACGAGGUUUAUUUGACCUAGGCAUGCCGAAUUGGUCAUGCGAGGGCUACUGGUGCAGCUGUUUAAGAUGUGGGGGUUCUCGGGGGUUAAGACAUGCGGGGGCAUGCCGCAUGCGUGACGAGGUUUGGUAACUUGAGGUGACUUGCAGGCGACAGUGCGGGCGAGCGGAGGAGGGGUUGUGAGAGUGCUUGUUGCGUGGGUUGUGGGCAGCAUUAGGACAUUGGAGAGUCCCGACUUCAGGCAGGCAUCUUCACAUUUAGCAUCCGCGAGUUGCCCUAAAGUACGCCAAAUCCUUAUCUGCCAUGGCACCUCAACGUAACGGUUCGAUGGACCUAUCCGACACCAAGCAAGUUAAUUGGAACACUGUGCCUUGCCUACGGAAACCUUCGUUUUUUACUCAAUUUACAAUGGUACCUCCGCUGAGCCACAUGCAAGCGGGCCGCCGUUGAAGAAAAUAUCGGCUAG